AUGGCCGCGACUGCUGCCGCGAAGCGGCCCUUUGACCCCGAGGACUUGACUCAGCGUCUCAUGGAGGUCAUGGCCGAGCGAGAGGCUGACGAGGCAGCCCGCCAGAGGGCCCGCCAUGUCAUCGUGUUUAGCCCUCCCCAACAGCAGCCGCCCGCGCCUUCCGCCACCUCAUCCUCCUCCCUCACCUUCGACAUGGCUGGCAGCAACAGCGUCAACGUCGAGAGCAACCCCCGCCAGCUCCCCGACCUUAUCGAGUCCGAAGAGCCCGAGACCUCGGACGACAAUAACUCUACCAAGACCAAGGAACCAGGAAACGACAAUGCCUCUUCCUCCUCGGGGGAUCCAAUUCCAGCUGCACCCGCGCGAGAAAAGCUCGUUCCCUACAAAUCGGAUCCGGCUUCGAAAACUUUACGUACAGGCUCCUCGCGCCGCGCAUCCGUCAACGUGGCGAGCAUCUCCCACAUCAAGAGCCCCGCCUCCCGCACCGGCGCCACCUCGUCCAAGCGCGCCUCGACCGACUUCCACUACGUGCCUCAACACGCCGCCGCCCAGUUUGCCGCCACCGCUACGCCGAGCAGCAUGCUCAAGGACCCCGCCGCCCGCGAGCAGUCACGCCGCGCCUCCAUGCAGGUCCUCUGCGAGCCCGAGCAGCCAGCCCAACCGACGAGCACACUCAACUCCAGGCGCCGCUCCUCGGCCUGGGCCUCGCAGGGGGCUGGGACGGUGUCCAGGAACCCACCAUUUUCGAAUCCACGCCCAUCGCGGCCGGAGGUUCCGGCGCCACGGGCGGACCAUGAUGGAGGCCCCUCCCCGACGCAUGUCGGCGCAGGAUGCUCCCUAUCUAGCCGUCGCAUGAGCGCCGGCGACCUCUUUGAUGCGAGGGCCAACCCAAGAGCUGGCGUGGAGACGGAGCUCCCCAUCGGGGAGUCGCAAAAGCCUAGCAAGCGUACCUCUUCGGGCCUCAACUAUUUCGAGGUCCUCAAGGACCACCAAGUCGACUGGACGCAGGCCGACGAGGGCGUGGCCAAGGAGCGCAGGUCGAGCAGGUUUUUGCGCAAGCUAGGCCUCGGCCGCAAGUACUCGCACGACCACAGCGAAGACGGCUCUGAGGAGGCAAGCGAGGCCAGCCGCACAGGCUCGGCGACUCUAGCAGCCCCCGACGGCGCAAUCUCGCCGCUCAAGUCGCCCAAGUCGCCGCGCUUCAAGGCCUUGUGGCGAUUUCGGAGCUCUCACGCAAAAGAGGAUUAG